AUGCAACCAAUUUCUAAAAUUGACUGGGACAAAGGUGACAAGGAUGGACUUGUCUCCAUUGGCUCCCAUAACCUUUAUCUGUCCGUUUCGGGGCCCGAUCGCAAGCCUGGAAAGCCUAUCGUCGUUCUCAUGCAGGGCCUUGGCAGCACGAUCGAUGAGUGGGUUGCAGUGCGAAAGCUUGUGCUUCCAUUUGCUCGAUGGUUGAACUACGAUCGUUCAGGGAUGGGGAGGAGCGAAGGUCCCGACCAGACACCACCAAGCAUAUCUGCAGCAUCAGUCGCAGCAGAGCUCGAUAUUCUCCUAAAGAACGCCGGUAUUGAGCCUCCGUUUAUCGUUGUUGCUCACUCGUGGGGAGGCUACACUUCUCGCGAGUUUCUUGAACUCAGGCCGAAUGAUAUCGUGGGCAUGGUGUUCGUGGAUUGCAAUACUGAACAUAUCUUUGACGGUGGUGCUUGGGGUUGGGACGUUUUCUAUCCAGUCCUCGGUGGCCAGGAUUUUGUUGAAACUACCGGUCUUGCGACGUCCCAUGUCCUAUCCCAGGAGGAGUGGAAAGCCUUUAAAGACGAGCAGGCUAAUCCCCGACAUCAAGCCACUGAGGCUGCUGAGAUGCAGGCGGUACCGAACGACAGACUAGCAUUGGCCUCCAAAAAGCAACUCGAGAAGCUACCUCUGAAGGACUAUCCAGUCAGUGUAAUCAUUGCGGAUACGCCUGAAGAUUUUCAGAAAAUUUAUUACUUUGGAGUGGCUGCAGGCAACGGAACAGAAGAAGAACGAGCUCUGUUUCGAAAAUGUCUCGAUAGAUGGCGCGAGAUGAAUGAGGACUGGCAAAGAGAACUUUUGAGGCUUUCUCGUCUCAGCAGAUCUAUUCGCCUGCAUUGCAGUCACAAUGUGCAGCUGUUACAGCCACAGAGCAUAGUUAAAGAGAUACAGUGGACCAUAGAUAGCUGCAGAUAA